UACUUGUGAAAAUAUGAAAAGCACUGCACUUUUAUUUUCAUUUUUAGAUUAGUUAAAGUUAGUCGUACAAUAUCCGUCAGACUAUUUAUUUAUAUCACACAAUUAUUACACAAAACAUUAUUUGUGAGGCCCCAACAUGGUCCGUCUAGGAGAUUCUAAUUACGAAUUCGCACACCAGUUUGAACACUUCUUGGAUAAUGCCAGUUGUAUUACCUCCAUGAAGCUGCAGUACACAAAUCGUUGUAAUAUGGCUCGAAGAGUCACUGAUUGCAGGAGCUUCUGCAACUUUUUCAACUACUACGAGAUAAUGUAUUGCACCUUCAUCAUCGAAAACGAAAUGACCGAGUUUUGUGUGAUGCUACUUUUUGCAAUGAUUUACUGCACAUUUCUCUGUAUUCUCUAUUUGACAAUUAAUGUGUAUUAUGCUCCAACUCUGAAAAUAGUUGCUCUAAAAUUACGAAUGAAUGAGUAUAUCGCAGGAGUGGUUCUUGUGGCCAUUGCCAACUCAACUCCCGAUCUAUUGGUGAACUUUGCGUCGGUGAGAAGUGGAACACCAAGCAUGAAUAAUGUCAUGAGUAAUAUAUUGACAAUUGUCCUUUUGAGCGGUGGUACUGUUUGUUUCAUUAGACCAUUUACUAUGAAUGGUUCCCAUAUUGUUCGAGAUCUUCUGUUUUUGUUGUUUACCAUAGAAUUGUCUCGAUAUUUUAUAAUCACCUCAAAAGUAACCUCUUGGAUUGAGGGUGCCAUACUGCUGAUUAUUUAUCCCAUCUAUAUUCUUAUAAACAUAAUUGAUUUAGUCCUUUUGCGAUAUUCUAUUAGAAAGCUACGUUUAGAGAUUUCUUUAUUAAGCAAAGGCCUUAAUCCUCUCAACCAUCAUUUGGACGAAGAACUGAUGAAAAAGAUUCGCUUAUUGAACAAGCUUGAGGAAGAAGACGACAUUAAUAUCCAUGAAUCCUUCAAGUCCCCUUAUAGGACUGGCUUCUUUAUUACUCCAAAGGCUCUGUAUCAUCGCAGGAAAGUCGAUGUACACUCAAAUAGAAUCGCCCUUCAUAAUAAAGCCAAUCCCAAGAAUCUCUUUCUAUUUGAGGAAUUCUUUCAGUCCAUAAAUCCCAUUGACAAGGAGAAAUGGGCUGUAAAUGGAAAAUUUUGGCGCACAGUAUAUGUUAUAAGGAGUCCCAUAGUCUUCUUCCUUCAUUUGACGAUUCCCAUUGUAAACUAUGAGGCGAUCAAGCAUGGAUGGUCAAAACUGCUUAAUUGUUUGCAGAUUGUCUUAAAUCCUUUUGUAGUAUGUAUAUUUAUGGAAAGCAUGCUUUGGUCAUCAUACCCUUCAUUCAAUGUGGAAAUAAGGUAUACAGUUGCCGUUUCUACAUUGAUUAUAACGAUUCCAUUGGCUUUGGCUACAUUUAUCCAUACUCGGACGGAUAUCCCGCCGCCCUAUCAUGUCGUUUUCUCCAUACUGACUUUGUUCAGCGUUUUGCUUACCUGCUGGAUUUGUUCCUGGGAAAUGGAAGUCCUCGUUUCGAUCAUCGGUGUUGUAUUUAAUUUAUCGUCGAACUUCAUGUCUGUGACCUUUUCAACCUUUUCCGCUGUGAUAGCUGACAUACUGGCAUAUGCUCAUCUUGCUAAGCAGGGCUAUGGAAAAAUGGCAUUUGGAGCUAUCAUGGGUGGGGGAGUAUUCACUGUUGUGGCCACAAUAGGGCUUGAGAUGGUGAUCCGUACCACACUAAGCGGGAAUGAUAAAUUGUCCCUGAUGGGCGAGCAUGGUGAAAAUAUGUAUAUAUUUAUUCAAAUAACAAUUUUUUGCACCUUGUGGUGGUGCAUGACCUUUGACUUCAAAGCCCGUCGCUCUGCUGGCAUCUUCAUGCUUUGUCUAUUUUCUCUAUAUAUUGUGUACAUGGUUUGCGUCGAAUUUGGGAUCAUCCACGACUUUGCCGACGAUGUAUUCUUACCUGUGGAAGAAAAAAUCUUGUCCGACUAAUUGUAAUAUGUUUAUACAUUCCUCAAAUAAAAUUAAUAGUUUCCAAAGAAAA